AUGGCCACCAAUGAUGCCUAUGACCCUGAAAAGGGUAUUGAACCCGUCAAGAUUCGAACGUCCGUUGACGAGAAUGGCCGCAAGUAUUCCUUGACCGGUCGAAAGUCCUCCGUGGUCGAAUCCAUCAUUGCCGCAGAUCUCCUCGACGAACGAUAUGCCAUUACUCACCGUGGCCUCAAGAGCAGACAUGCUCAGAUGAUUGCGCUCGGUGGCACCAUUGGUACAGGUCUCUUUGUCGGAUCGGGUCAAACUCUCUCGUUGGGCGGCCCGGCAUUCAUCCUUGUCGCGUACAUUAUCAUGACUUUUCUCGUCUAUUGUAUCGUGACCGCCAUCACCGAAGUCGCCGCCUACCUCCCUGUACACGGUGGCACCAUGUCCUACUACGGCUAUCGUUAUGUCUCACGUUCCAUGGGCUUCGCACUUGGCUAUCUUUACUGGUAUGCCUUAGGCAUCUUAGUGCCCUACGAAGUCACCGCAGCCGGUCUAGUCAUUAACUACUGGCCAAACGAUGUCAACAUUGCCGUCUGGAUGACCAUCAUGCUCGUUGUUAUCAUCGGUCUGAACUUCCUGCCUGUCAGAUUCUACGGCGAAACCGAAUUCUGGUUCGCGGGUACCAAAGUCAUCCUCAUGAUCGGCCUUCUGAUGCUGAGUUUCAUCCUUUUCUGGGGUGGCGGACCUACCCGCGACCGACUUGGCUUCAGAUACUGGAACGACCCCGGAGCUGCGCAUCCGUAUAUCGUUGGCGGCGACACAGGUCGAUUCGUUUCCUUCUGGGAAACACUUAUUCUCUCCGUCUUCCCAUUCACCUUUGCCCCCGAACUCCUGGUUGUCACUGGCGGAGAGAUGGAGUCGCCACGUCGUAACCUCCCCAUCGCCUCGAAACGCUAUUUCUACCGUCUCGUCAUCUUCUACGUCCUCGGUGUCUUGGCCAUUGGCGUUACUUGCCCGAGCGAUGACCCGCGUCUGACCAACGGUGGCGCUGGCGCCGGCUCCUCUCCAUUCGUCGUCGCGAUCGCCAACGCUCAGAUCGAUACGCUGCCCUCGAUCGUCAAUGCGGUGAUCCUCAUUUCAGCCUGGUCAUCCGGUAAUUCCUUCCUCUACAUCUCAUCUCGCGCACUCUACAGUCUGGCGGUGCAAGGCUCAGCGCCCCGGGUCUUCAAGACCUGUAAUCGGUGGGGUGUUCCUUACCUGGCGGUAGGCGUUAGUUCACUCUUUUGCGGAUUGGCGUACCUCAACGUGGCAUCUAGCGGCUCGGAGGUCUUCAACUGGUUUGUUAAUUUGACAAACACGUGGGGAAUGACUUCAUGGGUGUGCUGCAUGGUCGUCUAUUUACGAUUCCGAAAGGCCUGCAAGGCGCAAGGAGUUCAGUCCCCCUACCACAACUGGCUGCAACCGUACGGCGCGUACAUCGCCAUGGUCAUGUUUACGCUUUUGUGCUUGAUCAAUGGCUUCACCGUGUUCUUCCCAUCCGAGUGGUCCGCAUCGUCAUUCCUGACCGCUUACAUCGGCAUCCCUAUCUUCUUCGUCAUGUACUUCGGCCACCGUAUUGUCUUCUGGCGCGACAAGUGGGCCUGGGACCCUCAUGAGAUUGACAUGAAGACUGGUCUACAAGAAGUUAUUGAUGCGGAGCGCCCCUUAAAGAAACGCAAGGGUUUGGCCAGAAUCUGUCUGAUUAUUGAAUAA